UCCCUGCCGCUCCCGGAAGCCGCCUCAGAGCGGGGAGACGUGUCGCUGCGGCGUUGCCGGCGCUGCCAUGGCGGAGCCGGGCCGGCUUCAGCAGCUGGAGCGGCGUGUGCGGGAGCUGGAGGAGGAGCUGGCCCGGGAGAGGGGCGGCCGGCCGGCGCCGCGGGCCCGCAUCGAGAGCAUGAGCCCGGAGGUGACGGACUCCAACCCCUACAGUCGAUUGAUGGCGUUAAAAAGAAUGGGAAUUGUCAAAGACUAUGAGAAAAUCCGUACCUUUACAGUUGCAGUAGUAGGUGUAGGUGGAGUUGGCAGCGUGACUGCUGAAAUGUUGACAAGGUGUGGCAUUGGUAAGCUGCUUCUGUUUGAUUAUGACAAAGUGGAGUUGGCAAACAUGAACAGACUCUUCUUCCAACCUCAUCAAGCUGGAUUAAGUAAAGUGCAAGCAGCAGAGCAUACUUUGAGGAAUAUUAAUCCUGAUGUUCAAUUCGAAGUACAUAACUACAACAUCACAACACUGGACAACUUUGAACAUUUCAUGGAUAGAAUAAGUAACGGUGCACUAGAGGAAGGGAAGCCUGUCGAUCUUGUUCUAAGCUGCGUGGACAACUUUGAAGCUCGCAUGGCAAUUAACACGGCCUGCAAUGAACUUGGACAAAUCUGGAUGGAAUCUGGAGUGAGUGAAAAUGCAGUGUCAGGACAUAUACAGCUGAUCAUACCUGGUGAAUCUGCUUGUUUCGCGUGUGCUCCUCCACUUGUAGUUGCUGCAAAUAUUGAUGAGAAAACAUUAAAACGAGAAGGAGUUUGUGCAGCUAGUCUUCCUACAACUAUGGGUGUUGUGGCAGGAAUUCUUGUACAAAAUGUUCUGAAAUACCUAUUAAAUUUUGGUACUGUGAGUUACUAUCUUGGUUACAAUGCGAUGCAGGAUUUCUUUCCAACUAUGUCUAUGAAGCCAAACCCACAAUGUAGUGACCGAAAUUGCAGAAAACAGCAAGAAAAUUACAAGAAAAAAGAAGCUGCACGACCAAAACAAGAAGAAAUUGAACAGGAAGAAGAAAUAGUACACGAAGACAAUGACUGGGGCAUCGAAUUAGUAUCAGAAAUGUCAGAAGAUGAGCUGAAGGCUGCAUCUGGCCCAGUACCUGAGCUUCCUGAGGGAAUUACUGUAGCAUAUACUAUCCCAAACAAGGAAGAGAAUUUGGUAACUGAGGAAACAGUAGCAGAGUCUGAAGAAAGCCUGGAAGAACUCAUGGCCCAAAUGAGAAACCUGUAGCGAAACAAACAUGAAGAACAACUUUUGGGAGUUUGGAUUGAUGUUGGAUUUUGAGAAGACCAGACUUUUUUUUUGUCCUUACCUCCACUGAAGUGUAUCAUUACAUUUCUGCUGAGAUGGAACUGUUACAGGGACAGGAAGGAAACACACUUAUGGUGUUUACAUUCUGUUGUCUGUUCACGUCUUUUAACAUAUGGAGUUGUGCUAGUGUAAAUUUUAAUUUCUCAGCAUUGCUAGUGUCCAGAUAUUCAGUAGAAAAUAGCAGGAGAUGGAUAAACUAACAAAAGCAGGUGCAGCACAUUAUAUGCGGUAUCAUGUGCUGAGAACAGCAUGCAGUGCAGGAGCAGUGAAGGACAAUGGCUGCUGGAGAGGACUGAGUUGGUCAAGGGCAGGUGCUCCUGCCUCACUCACAUUGCUGCUCCUGAUUUUCCAGGCACCCGCCCCCAUCCUUGUUCACCGGUCUCUCUAAAUGCUUGCCCUGGACCACACUGCGGUUACUUUUUCUGGGUAAACAGAACAUUUCAGCCUUUUCGUCUGCCUUAAAUAUCUCUGGGAUGGAUUUUUUUUUUAAACUUCCCUCAUUUUAUCAGUGGUUUACUACUGCUUCUUCUUAAAUAGCUGCCAGUAUGUCUUGUACGUGGUAAUGCUUUGAGUGUGCUGCAGCAAGGCAGAGUCUUUGGUUAGUAGGCAACUACACUAGGAGACUGACUAUUAGCAUGUCACCGUUUCAGCUGGCAGAUGCUGUAAGAAUUACUAGCAACACUGGAAACAACAGGAGAUUUUGUCUAUCACUUUGAAAAUCAAAAUACUGUAUUUUUGUUGGUUACUAAAAGUUUAGCUACGAUUCUGAUCUAUCCCCAUCAUGUGGGCUGUGUUAUGGAAUAUACUUCAGCUGAGUUUACAUAGGAAAGCUUCUAAAAUUAGAUGCUCUAAACUUUGUUUAUUGUUGCAAAUAUCUUCAGUGGAAUAGUUGAGCUAUUGUACUUGUCUUGUAAAUAAUGUUAGUAAGGUCAUGUUAUCUCUUAAAUUAUCACAUUAACCUGACCUGUAAAUGUACACAUCCUGUCUUGCCAGUACCCUGCAGAACUGGAAGUACCAAAUUUUGACUACUGUGGGUGUCUAAUCCAGAACUGGGUUAUUACUUGAGUUUGGCUUAGAACAUAAAUUUUGGCCUUUGCACUAUAAUACAAGUAUUUCCAACUUGGGCUGUUCAAAAAACCUUUCCACACCAUGAUGCAGCCAACACAGAACCAGCUCAUAAUGGUAGCAGGAUCUGACCAACAUGUAAAAAGAGAGUAAUAUCAUGGAGGUGCUUCUGGUUCUUAGGGCAGCUGAAUGAAUACUUGCUUAGAAAUCAAAUGUGUUUUAACUAAUGGUUACAAAUGUCAAAAUCUGUUUCCUCCACAGUUGACACUAAUUAUAUUAUUUACAUAAAAAUCAUCUCUGAAGCUAGUGAGGGAGGUUAUGGGUAGGAUUUGGGUGUGGUACAUUAUGCUGGAAAAUGGAAGAGGUUUUUUUGGAUUGAGUUCAGUUUUGGAGAAACCAGAUUUUAGAAAUGAACUGUGAAGAGGGAUGGGAAUAGAGUAAUGAGAUCGUUAAAAAGGUACAUACUUGAAUCAGUGUCACUAAGUCUAAAUUAGCUUGAUCCAAGUGCCAGUUUAAGUGUUACUUACCUUUCUUUGUGACUUUACCUUUCUGUUGGGAACAGUAAAACUGAGGCAUAUGCCUGGGUCUGGAGAUCCAGAGGCAAAAUGGCUGACUCAUUCCUACAACAGCUCAGUUAAUCUUGCCUCUUAACUGCUUGGCUGACCUGACUGCCAUCACACAACUGAUGGCUUUGUAAGAGGCAACUGCUUACCAUUUUACUUCAUUACAGUUUUAUAAGCAAAUUCAUACACUUUUGGAUGCCCUCUUACCGAGUAUGUGAAAUGGUUCUCAUGUUACUUUCAGACUUUCAAGUUGUAUAUACAAGAAGAAUUUGAAAUAAUUAGAAAAUACAUUAAGGUCACUGUAUGUGCCAAUGGCUAAAAUUACUUAAAAAUAAACAGCAUUAAAAAAAAAAAGCAGCUUUAAGG